UCCCCGUUUGGUGAGAAUAUCGAGUAUUGCUAGUUCAUCGGUGCUGGAGCCCUUCAUUGCUUGACACAUCAACGCUGCGUCAGCAGUUGCAUCAAAACUGUGGACUGGAUAAACCGUCGGUUCGCACUGCUGCAAAGGGCUCACCUUGUCGGGCCAAUAUUGUUUGGGUGUCAUUGUUCCUUCUGUUAUUUCAAUCGCUCCUGGAGAUCUGCAAUUGAUAAAUUUGUCAGGUAACUUGUCUGCCGCAAUAAUUUUGUGAUGACGGGGUAAUGGCACGGUAAACUGACGAGAAGCGACGCGCACUCGCGCACAGGAGGCUGAUUGACGCAUUUUUUAAUGGUCCUCCGGCAAAGUUGAAAUAACAAAUAGCGAAAUGUCCUUGAAACGAUAUUGUCCUCACAAGACUCAGGCAACGAUCCACCCUGUCGAGCCCUUCGACGCAAUCGCCGAUGCAGGAAUAUUGUGCGAGGUUACCAGACGUUCCAAUGUCGAUGAAAAAUCGAUAAUCGAAGUUCUCACGAACCGUGGAAUUAUCCAGCGCCUGGAGAUCGCCAAGAUGUACAGGGCAUACCAUGGCCAUCCCCUGCUCAGCGACUUGAAGAGUAGAAUCUCUGGAAAUCUUUGGAAUGUCAUUGCCGCCCUUAUGACACCGUUGCCCCAUUACUACGCCAAAGAAAUUCACGACGCCAUUGUGGCACGAGCCACCGACGAGGAUGUCAUCAUCGAAAUAUUGUGCACACUCAGUAAUUAUGGGGUUGUGACUAUCGCAGAGUCAUACGAAGAGCUGUAUGGAAAGACUCUGGAGAACGACCUCAGAGACAACACAUCCGGUGCCUUCGCAAAAUUAAGUGUCGCCCUCUGUCAAGGGAAAAGAAACGAAAAUCAUGUGAUAGAUCAUGCACAAGCAAAAUCCGAUGCCCAAAAGCUCUUCGAGGUCGGUGGAAAGCUCUGGAGCGCUGAAGACUCGCACUUCAACCAAAUAAUCAUCACUCACAGUUACCCCCAACUGGCCCAGACAUUCCUGGAGUACGAGAACAUGUCGGGGGAUGACAUCGAGGUGCCCAUUGAGAAAGCCUUCUCCGGGAAUAUCAAGAGAGCAAUUUUGGCUAUCGUGAAAUGCGUGAAAUCCAAGAUCGGUUUCUUCUCUGGAAGACUGCACGCUGCCAUGCAGGGAAUCGGCACCAACGAUCGCACCCUCAUACGCAUCGUCGUGUCCAGAAGUGAAAUCGACCUUGGGGAUAUCAAGAGUGUGUUUGAGAGACGUUAUGGAAAAUCCCUGGAGAGCUGGAUCGCUGGAGACACAUCUGGGGAUUACAAGAAAGCCCUUCUCUCCAUCGUCUCCACAUAUCCGGAUUAUUAGUCUUCGUCACUAGCUGCUACGCUCAGUUCGUGGCAGAAAGUGCAUUUACAUGACUCCGUGGGGUAAACGUCGACUUAUGCAGAAGCUAUUUAUCUUGUUUACCACUUCGUAACUAAUUUACGAACUCAAUGAAAUUAAAAUAUACGAGAAAUUGCUUUUGCAUCGCAUGUAAUACCGUUUUUUGUUAAUAAACUGGAAAUUUACUUCCAAAUGUUGAUUUUACCCAUUUUCUUACGCGUGUAAUUAAUUAAAUCAGGUCUCUGAUCAACUAAUUAGGUCGGGU